AUGUCAAAAAACAAAGAGCCAGCUUUCCUCACUUCCGGUUUUGACAACUGGAAAAAGGCAACAUCUAGAUUCGAGAGUCACCAAGCUUCAGAAUCACAUAGAAUCGCUGUGGCAACGAUUUCGUCGAUGUCUCAGCUGACCAUCGACGUCCAGAUGAACACCAAUCUGAGGCAACAACAGGAAGUAGCCAGCAAAGCCCUUCUAAAGGUCUUCCAAAGUUUGCGGUAUCUCCUGCGUCAGGGACUACCUUUCCGUGGACAUGCUCCUGAGGAGGGAAACUUCAUCCAACUCCUAAAACUUUUCCGCGAAGGUGAUGGUAGACUUGAUGAAUAUCUCAAACGAACAAUGAGUUUCACUUCACCGCAAGCACAGGAAGAGAUCAUACAGAUGUUCAGUCAGAAAAUCGUCAGAACACUAGCGAAAGAUAUCGCAAGGAAUGGACCCUUCGGUGUCAUGGUAGACGGCACACAAUACAUCAGCGGUGUAGAACAAAAGUCAAUAUGUUUUAGGCAUGUAGACGACAAUCUUCAUGUGCAUGAGGACUUCGUUGGCUUGUACGAACUUCCCAUCACAUGCGGUAAAGUAAUUGCCAACUUGAUUUUCGACGUCAUCACCCGCCUGUCACUACCAAGUGAUAACUUGAGAGCCCAGACGUAUGACGGGGCAGCCAACAUGAUGGGUCGGUCAGUACAAAUGGUGUCGAGCUAA